UGUGAAUCGACUUCCGUGGAAAAGCCGUGGGUCGGUGGUUCGUGGUGAAUCACUGUUUUGGGGCCGGCCUACCAUCCAGUCAUCCGGCCAGACUGGAUCCGACCGGAUUUCACCUUUCGACCAGAAGAACAGAAGGGAUACAGGGUGGUUCCUCGGAGUUCAGUGGCACAUGUGAUCGUGAUCGAGAGAGCUGCUCCAGUGUUCUCGCGCGGGGGCCAGCAGCGGUUUUUGUCCUCCAGUUUUGGAUCUUGAGGAAUGGACGGCCAAGAAUGAAGAAAGGGUGAACGUUCGGCUGCGUAGAACGUGAGCGAGAGAGAGAGAGAGAGAGAGAGAGAGAGAGUUGCUUCAAAUCGGGGAUCAGGAUGCGGUGGAUCGGUUACGUGGCCACAAUUCUCUGGUGGUCGGGCAUCGCCAGGUCCCUGAGCACGCUGAAUCGAGGUCACAGUUACAAAAUCACCCCGAAACCUUGUCGAGCCCCGGGUCCAGAGUCCAAGGAGGGCACCUGCAUGUUCGUGUGGGAGUGCAUCAAGUCUGAGGGCACGCACGUGGGCGUGUGCGUGGACACGUUCAUGUUCGGCAGCUGCUGCGUGCACAACACGACGACGAACGCGAUCACCGUCUCCAAUCACCAUCAUCAUCACCACCAUCAUCAUCAACAAGCAUCCUCUUUGGACCCAUUGAGGCCGACCCUGGCCGAGGCGCUGGGCAACGAGUCGACCAGGCCCACGCUCACCUCCCUCUCCAGCUUCCUCGUCACGGACACGAGCACCGCCAGGCCGAGUUACCAUCCAUCCGAGACGCUCGAGUCUUCCGGAGGGUCCGGCAGACCGCACAAACCGCUGCCGGCCGGUUCCGCUAGGCCGCUGCAAAAAAGACCGCACGCGAAACCCGCGAACGAUCACAAGGACAGGGUCCAAACCUCUGCGGUUCCCGCCUCCUCGUCGAAUUUCUGGGAGAAAGGGUCCCAGAGUUCCCCAGAAAUUUGGGAGAAGGGCUCUCAUAGCACCAAAAGACCAGGAUCCUCUGAUUCUUGGGAGAAGGGUUCUCAGAGCACCAAGAGGCCGAGCUCUCCUGAAUCUUGGGACAAGGAGUUUCCAAGUACCAAGAGACCAGAACUCUCCGAAGCUUGGGAGAAGAACACUCAUAGCACCAAAAGACCAGGCCCCUCUGAAGUUUGGGAGAAAAACACUCAUAGUACCAAAAGACCAGGAUCCUCUGAAGUUUGGGAAAAGAAUACUCAUAGUACCAAAAGACCAGGAUCCUCUGAAAUUUGGGAGAAGAAUACUCAUAGCACCAAAAGACCAGGAAGCUCUGAUAUGUGGGAGAAGAACACUCAUAGUACGAAGAGACCAGUAUCCUUUGACGUUUGGGAGAAGAGCACUCAUAGUACUAAAAGACCAGGAGCCUCUGAAGUGUGGGAAAAGAAUACUCAUAGUACCAAAAGACCAGGAUCCUCUGAAGUUUGGGAAAAGAAUACUCACAGCACCAAAAGACCAGAAUCCUUUGAAGUUUGGGAGAAGAACACUCAUAGUACCAAAAGACCAGGAUCCUCUGAAAUUUGGGAGAAGAAUACUCAUAGCACCAAAAGACCAGGAACCUCUGAUGUUUGGGAGAAGAAUACUCAGAGUACUAAAAGACCAGGAACCUCUGAUAUUUGGGAGAAGAACACUCACAGUACUAAAAGACCAGGAUCCUCUGAAGUUUGGGAGAAGAACACUCAUAGUACUAAAAGACCAGGAUCCUUUGAAGUUUGGGAAAAGAACACUCACAGUACCAAAAGACCAGGAAUCUCUGAUGUUUGGGAGAAGAACACUCAUAGUACCAAAAGACCAGGAUCCUCUGAAGUUUGGGAGAAGAAUACUCAUAGCACCAAAAGACCAGGAACUUCUGAAGUUUGGGAGAAGAACACUCAUAGCACCAAAAGACCAGGUUCCUCUGAAUCUUGGGAGAAAGGGUCUUUGAGCACAAAGAGACCAAGCUCUUCUGAAUCUUGGGAGAAAGAGUUUCAAAGUACCAAAAGACCAGAAUUACCUAAUGUUUGGGAAAAGGGUUCUCAGAGCACUAGGAGACCUGGCUCCUCUGAAAUUUGGGAAAAGGGAUCUCAAAGUACCAAAAGACCUGCAUCCUCUGACAAUUUGGAAAAGGAAUCUCAAAGCACGAAAAGACCUGUAUGGGGGGAGAAUAAUCAGGAUUCGAAGAGACCUGGUCAUCAUGACUUCUCGAGUCUUCAAAAACCGAGACCGGAAAGUGACCAACACACGGUUGUCAAAGAGAAAGACACGACGCAUGAAGGCUUUCAGAAUCAUCAUCAGGGAUACAAAGAUAAGAUAGAUACGGGACUCAAUACAUUGGUGAUUAGGUUACCUGGAAAAGAGCAUGCGUCUAACGAAGAUGAAGGCAUCAGGCCCAACAGGCCUAACAACCAAAGACCAUCCGAGUCGAGGCCCGACGAUAGUAAAACGGAAGAGGCUGAUUUGAGCGUUCAGGAAUCGAUUCAUAGACCGAGUGUUAAUUCGGUUGAUGAAAAUGAAUCAGCCAAGGAUCCUCAUCCGAGCUUGAACUUCAUUCACACGGAACGUCCACAAUGGGCUACCAAACCGGUAUCCCCCAAACCGACCACAGACUUCUCGAAACCGUACUUCUCGAUCAAGACGACAACUUAUCGGCCGAUCCUGAUGAACGAGCAACCGGAUACCAGGCCGAACUUCGUCUCGAAACCUAAUGGCCCGAGCACAACCGUGAAAACUUCGACCACAAUCAGACCGUCACACUUGAGCGGCCAAUCCACCACCAGCGCAGCCGGAUCCUUGCCACAAACCUCUCACUGGCAUGUGACCACUGAACCGGUGUUCGUCACGAAGCAGAGACCGUCCUUGUCCACCAAGCCGAUGAGUUCGCUCGAGACGGUCAAACCGUUGACCAGCAGCUCCCAUUUCUGGUCAGAGAACAGUUGGACACCGCCAAGGCCGUCCUUGAAACCGCAUUGGACGGACAAUCCUAGCCUCCUUCAGAAUGGGCCUGAAGCGUUUCCACCAAGGCCGAGCUUCAAACCGACCGAACCACAAGAAAACACAGAGUUCCACAAGCCGCUCGGCGCCGCGCAUUACAUCACCACGUCCCACUUCGAGACCUCCGCAAGGCCCAGACCCACGAAGAAAACCACCACGUCCACCACGACCACCCCCAGCACCACCACCAGUACCACCACCACCACCACCACCACCACCACGACCACGACCACCACGACGACCACCACGACACCAAAACCCGAUACGACCGUGUCCACGACCGAGGCGGUCGCGAAAACUGGAUCGGUGUUGACCGUCUCUGCCGCAACCGAGAGCAAGGGCAUGCAGUGCGGGGUACCGCCUCUGUUUCCACGACCCGAGACCAGGAUAGUUGGAGGCAAGGACGCGCCGUUCGGUCGAUGGCCUUGGCAGGUAUCCGUCAGGCGCACCUCGUUCNNNGGCUUCUCGAGCACCCAUCGAUGCGGCGGCGCGGUGUUGAACGAGAACUGGAUCGCGACCGCGGGACACUGUGUCGAUGACCUGUUGACCUCGCAGAUCCGGAUCAGAGUAGGCGAGUACGAUUUUUCGUCGGUGCAAGAGCGACUGCCGUACGUGGAACGCGGAGUGGCCAAGAAGGUGGUCCAUCCGAAGUAUAAUUUCUUCACUUACGAAUACGACUUGGCGUUGGUUCGAUUGGAAAGCUCGUUGACCUUCGCUCCGCAUAUCUCGCCGAUUUGUCUGCCGGCCACUGAUGAUCUUCUCAUCGGCGAGAACGCGACCGUCACCGGUUGGGGAAGGUUGAGCGAGGGUGGCACCCUGCCAUCCGUGUUGCAAGAGGUUUCCGUGCCCAUAGUGAGUAACGAUAGGUGUAAGUCAAUGUUCCUGAGGGCUGGGAGACACGAGUUCAUACCGGACAUCUUUCUUUGCGCCGGAUACGAGAGCGGGGGCCAAGAUUCUUGUCAGGGCGAUUCGGGUGGACCUCUGCAAGUGAGAGGGAAAGACGGCCGAUAUUUCCUCGCGGGCAUCAUAUCCUGGGGAAUCGGAUGCGCGGAGGCGAAUUUACCAGGGGUGUGCACGAGGAUCUCCAAGUUCGUCCCAUGGAUCCUGAAGAACGUCACUUGACCCUGUUUCCGAUCCAUCAUCUGGUCACGGGACCUCGUCGACAGAUUGGCGAACCGAUUCGCCGGUGUCCGAGCACUUAAAACGUAACUCUAAACGUUUCUUCGGAUAUUUCUUUCUAACCAAGGAGUAACAGAGAGAAUCGGCAACUGAGAAUCACUGCCAAAUAAAACGUAAGACUUGUCGAAAGAGGAAAAGAACGAGACUCGUAACACGAAGAUUCUCAUUUCUCCUUUGAAGAUAAAAUGUAAAAA